AUGGCCCUACUUGUCCUAAGGGCAGACAUUCCACUCUGUGAAGAAGAUAACCAGCACACUGUCAAAUUAGCCGAGAAUCUUCUGGGCCCCGAAUGGAAAAAUUUCACGGCGGUGGUUUUCACUCAUGGAGAUGUUUUACAAGAGAUGAGAAUGACGGAAGAUGAAUUCCUCCGGUCUGCUUCUACAACAUUGUCAACUCUCCUGGCGACUAUACAUGGCCGAUACUUUUUUAGAGACCCCACUGAAAAAACUCUGCAUGAGCAGCAAGCAGUAUUUGCCAAUCAAAUCUUACAUUUUGUGAGGCAAAAUAGCUACCAGACUGUGCAGUUUAACAAACAUUGA